UCUUUCUUGAAAUCAGUUGCUGACGUGAUGAAAGUGCGACACGCCGCGGAGAAGAAACUACAAAAUGGCGUCUUACUGCACGACUGUAACCAGACUCCGGCUGGCUCUCGGAACCGGGGCGAGGCGGUUUCAUGUCGCCGCCGUUUUGAGCGCCAGGGCCGGGGCGGCCAUGAGCCGCUUUGAGCCCGGCUCCAGCAUCGGCUACGGGAAGAUGCACGAGAACAUCGGCAUCGUACGCAGGAGGCUCGGCAGGCCCCUGACUCUGUCCGAGAAGAUCGUCUACGGCCACCUGGACAAUCCGGCGGGGCAGGAGAUCGACCGCGGCCGCACCUACCUGCGCCUGCGUCCAGACCGCGUGGCCAUGCAGGACGCCACGGCCCAGAUGGCCAUGCUGCAGUUCAUCAGCAGCGGCCUGCCCAAGGUGGCCGUCCCCUCCACCAUCCACUGCGACCACCUGAUCGAAGCUCAGAUUGGAGGAGCUCAGGACCUGCAGAGGGCAAAGGAAGUGAACCAGGAAGUGUACAACUUCCUCGCGACUUCCGCUGCUAAAUAUGGAGUCGGCUUCUGGAAACCAGGCUCAGGGAUCAUCCACCAGAUCAUCCUGGAGAAUUACGCCUAUCCGGGGGUGAUGCUCAUCGGGACCGACUCCCACACGCCCAACGGCGGCGGCCUCGGCGGCAUCUGCAUCGGAGUGGGCGGAGCCGACGCCGUCGACGUCAUGGCUGGAAUCCCGUGGGAGCUCAAGUGUCCCAAGGUGAUCGGAGUGAGACUGACCGGGACGCUGUCCGGUUGGACGUCCCCGAAGGACGUCAUCCUGAAGGUCGCCGGCAUCCUGACCGUGAAAGGCGGCACGGGGGCCAUUGUGGAGUAUCACGGACCUGGAGUUGACUCCAUUUCCUGCACUGGAAUGGCCACUAUCUGCAACAUGGGCGCUGAGAUCGGAGCCACCACCUCGGUUUUCCCCUACAACCACCGCAUGAAGACCUACCUGCAGAAAACCGGACGCCAAGAAAUCGCCUCGGCUGCCGAUGAGUUCAGAGACGACCUCGUUUCUGAUGAGGGCUGUGAAUACGACCAAGUCGUCGAGAUCAACCUCAGUGAGCUGAAGCCUCACAUCAACGGGCCGUUCACCCCCGACUUGGCCCAUCCCGUGUCUGAGAUCGGAGCCGUUGCUAAGAAAAGCGGCUGGCCCCUGGAGGUUAAAGUCGGUCUGAUCGGCAGCUGCACCAACUCCAGCUAUGAGGACAUGGGCAGAGCCGCCUCUCUGGCCAAGCAGGCCCUGGACAAAGGCCUGAAGUGUAAGGCCCAGUUCACUGUCACGCCGGGCUCGGAGCAGAUCCGCGCCACCAUCGAGAGAGACGGAUAUGCCAAGAUUUUGAGCGAUGUUGGAGGAGUCGUUCUGGCGAACGCUUGCGGUCCGUGCAUCGGCCAGUGGGACAGGAGAGACGUUAAGAAAGGAGAGAAGAACACCAUAGUGACGUCCUUCAACAGGAACUUCACUGCCAGGAAUGAUGCCAACCCGGCGACUCACGCUUUUGUAACUUCUCCUGAAAUCGUCACAGCUCUGGCUCUGGCCGGGACCCUCAGCUUCAACCCGGAGACCGACUACCUGACGGCCCCCAGUGGGGAGAAAUUCAAGCUGCAGCCUCCCACAGGCGACGAGCUCCCGUCCAGAGACUUCGACCCGGGCCAGGACACGUACCAGCACCCCCCUGCUGAGAGCGCCUCGGUCCAGGUAGACGUGAGCCCCUCCAGCACGCGUCUGCAGCUGUUGGAGCCUUUCGACAAGUGGAAUGGGAGAGAUCUGGAGGACAUGAGGGUCCUCAUCAAGGUUAAGGGAAAAUGCACCACCGACCACAUCAGCGCCGCCGGGCCCUGGCUGAAGUUCCGCGGCCACCUGGACAACAUCUCCAACAACCUGCUGAUCGGCGCCGUCAACAUGGAGAACGACGCCGUCAACAAGGUGAAGAACCAGCUGACCGGGGAGUACGGCGGCGUCCCCGACGUGGCUCGCUUCUACAAGGCCAACGGCGUGAACUGGGUGGUGGUGGGAGAUGAGAACUACGGGGAGGGAUCCAGUCGGGAGCACGCCGCCCUGGAGCCGCGGCACCUGGGGGGACGCGCCAUCAUCGUCAAGAGCUUUGCCAGAAUCCACGAGACCAAUCUGAAGAAGCAAGGCCUGCUGCCUCUGACUUUCUCCAACCCCGACGACUACGACAGAAUCCGCCCGGACGACACGAUUUCAAUCACCGGCCUCAAGUCCUUCGCUCCCGGGAAGCCGCUGACGGCCGUGAUCAAGCACUGCGACGGGAGCCAGGAGUCCAUCUCCCUGAGCCACACCUUCAACGAGACGCAGAUCGAGUGGUUCAAGGCCGGCUCGGCUCUCAACAGGAUGAAGGAGCUGCAGUAGCUGCCGAGAGGAGAGAGACGGCGGAGCGGUGACCGGAAGGGAAACCGACUCGUGUUUGGUCGUUUUCGCUCCCAGGAUGCAACACACAUGCAUUAAAAAGGUCGCUGUACCGAUAGAAAGCGCACACCGAUGAGUCAGCACUUAAAGGUUCUUGAGGCCCUCUCAGUUCACAAGUUGAGUUGCACAAGUUUAGUCAAAAAUAUUUGAAGAAAAAUUUAUAUAUAUAUUUAACUUUUGUUGCACUAGAAUCACUUCAAUACUUGAAACUUUCCAAUUACAAUUAAUCAUGUGAGCAUUUAAUGCUUCUUAUUAGUGUUUCUAGGCUUGAUUUAAACUCUGAUGUAAUCAAAUAGGAACUUGAAUUUUAAUUUAAAAACUUAAAACUCAAUACAUUCCAAGAUUAUUCUUGCUUUUUCCGACGUACCUCGUUUUAAAUGUUUAUCCGUAGAAACCAACCGAUAAGCUGAUCAUCAUUUUUGUUCUGAUUUUAUCGUUUUUGUCGACCCUUUACUGUGAAGGUUGAAGGCGAUCCCAGGUCGGUCGUCCUUUCCUGCUUUCUGACGCCGUUACUGACUUGAACAAAUGAACAAAAUUUACUUUGCUAACUACUAGUUACGUUGUUGCAUCUUUGCUAAAAAUGAACUUAUAAUCCAAUCAUUCGUCUGUGCUGUCAGCCACAGCUCACUCUUUUCUCAAUUUAUUUUUCUUUGACAUAAAAAAAAACAAUAUUCAUCUGCACUAGUCUCGUCAGUGUCUACACACUCCCUGCAGCCGUUGCCAUGACGCCUUGCAAAAGUAUUAAUAAUACCUCGACGUUUUAACUUUUUGUAACGUCACAGCCACAAAAUUCUGUGUAUUUAAGUUUUUUUGUUUUAUUUCUUUUUCAGAUAAAAAUCUGGUGUGCAAUUGAGUUUUAUUUAAGGGUAUCAGAAGAAAAGGGGGAUGAUUAAAAGGCAAUUUGCUGCGCCCUUUUAAUUACCUUGUGGGCUGAAAACAGUUACAUGCCACACUUUUCAGAUAUUUGUAAAAAAAAUAAAUAAAUAAAAAAAUCUUCAACUUUACAACUAAGCCCUGCUUUGUGUUGGUCUUCCAUAAAAUCAUAAAAAACAAAAACAAAAAUGUUGAAAAUUUCAAAGAGGUUAAAUUAAACUUGCAAGGCGUUUUGAAUCAGUGCGAUUCUUCACAAACCAGAAUAAAUGACCCAUUCCACUGCAAUGAAUAGACACAUUUUCAUUUUUUUUGUUAAAUGAAUGUUUCCUGUCGAUGUUUGUUUCAGUUUUUAAAAAAUGUCCGUCGUCUUCAGACUCUCCUGAAUAAACCGUCACCACAGUGCGUCUGUGGAGGAAAACUCCACCCGUUGCAUCAUGUUGUGAAAUCCUGUGGAGCUUCGCUAACCUGUCCAGUUUCUCUGCGUUUUGUUGAAACGUCUGCUUGCUGCUGUACCGGCUGUUUCCCCUCAACGUGGCUGUGAUGAGAUUAUGUUCACUGUGUUGAUCUUUAAAAUGAAUGUUGUUCCACUUUUAAGGUUCUCCAUGAUGGGAACGUCGUUCUCUCUAACGCACAAUCUAGUAAUCAGGUGCCUGUUCUCUCGUGAAUUUCAUUCACUGCCAGUAGAAAGUUAGAAAAAAAUAAGUGUGGUGAAGGAGGAGGCAAGAUGUGACCUCAAUGUUUAACCAAGUAUCUUUUUUUUUGUGACAUAACUGAUGAUGAAGAAAUAUUUAAAAUAUAAUCCCUGCUUUUCUGAAGAUUUUCAAAUAUUAUGAUUUAUUUCCUUUUUUUUUCUUGGAGCUUCUUCCUGCAGUUUGAUGUAUGGACAUCAGGAUGAUCCUCUCAAUUUUCAUAGGAACUCUGUAAAUUCACAACAGAACUGAUUUUAGUUGAUUUAAUUUGUGUUUCAACCCAAGUUUGGUGGAGGUGAGUAUUGAUAUUCUGACUAAAUAACUCCUGAAAGUUAUUUAGUUGAAUAACUAAAUAAUGACUGUAAUGUGUCAUCAUAUAUUUUCCUAUAAAAUUUUAAAGCUUACUGGUUGUUAUGAUUUACCAGGUUUAAUUUUCCAGUGUGUUUCAUAGAAAAGUUGCUCUUUUUAAAUGCAUAUGACUCUGAUCACCCGGCUUUAUUUACCCUCUGUGAAAAACACCCUCACAGUGAAAAAAGACGAGACUUCGCUGUUGUUUGGUUACGCCGAUUAAUCAAAAUGGCGGGCGGCCCACACAAUGGCAUUAUCUCCUGGUUGAACUCUGUGUGACCAGGCUCCUACUGUUUGAAUGUCUUCUAAACAUGUCUUUUAAUAUGGAAGGAUGCGCUUUCGUAGUCAUGAUUGUCAUCAGUUGAUUAUUUUGUAAAGUUAAUCUACUGUUUUGUAGCUUACAGAGUUGAAAUACAGUCAUAUUUACAAAUAUAAAUAAUGAAGAAGAUGUAGAAUUAU